AUGGCAGCAUCAGCUUGGAAUGACGCUUUGCCUCCAUCGAGCAGCAAAACCAUGGUAGAUGCAUUCAUCGAUAGGGAUGGACUAGAUGAUGGUCCACCACCACUCGAGGAUAUGACUCACUUAUUUAAUAAGCUAUCAAUGACUUCUGCUGCAAAAAAGCAAAAUGCACAGGCUAUUAAAUCGGUAUCAAACAUAUCUGGGUCUAUAUAUAAACCUCCAACACCAGCUUCUGACAAAGAGUUUAAUGGCUUGAAAAAGGGAUUCUUUGCAUUGGCAAAAUCUAAAGCACCAACUAUCAAGACCGACGUGUCCCGCACCAAUAAACCAUCACAAUCUAUUUCUCCACCUACCAGUAAGAAACUUGACACUGCUUCAAAAUUGGAAAACACAGAAUCGGAUAUGCCCUUCAUCCGCGCUACUCCGAAACAAUCGUCAGGAUCUCAUGCCGCUCAUGUGCCUUUUAAUUCACAUUUGACCGAUUCUAUCCAAGAAAUGUUCAAAGUUGAUGCCGGUGCAAAUGGUGCAACUCCAGCAUGGAUGACGAAUGCAUUUUGGGAACGGGUACGACAGUCUCCCAACUUGGCCAAGGCGUUUGCAGAUCCAAUGUUUUCUCAAGCUGCACAAAAUCUAGUAACUAGUCCACAGGAAACCUUUGAAAAGUAUGUCAAAGAGCGACCUGAUUUCUUGCUGGCAUUGAAAGAACUGGCUGCAAUUAUUGGCGAUCAUUUGAUUUCUUUUGCAAAAGAAGGCGCUGCUGUCACCGACAAUAGUACAACAAUAAAGCAUAAAGUGGAGGAACAAUCGGUAGCUGUCAAACCAAGUAUACCCAAUGAUCUCCCAGAACAUGAAAAACGCAUUAUAGAACGAGUCUUGAAUGAUCCCGAAAUUCAGAGUAUUCUUCGAGACCCUCAAAUUCAAACGAUUCUGUCACAGAUCCAACACAAUCCGCCAGAGAUUACACAGAUUAUGCAACGUGCUCCAACUAAAAUAAUCAGCAAACUUCAAAAACUUGUUGAAUGCGGUUUACUUCAGGUUCAACGUUGA